CAAACAUCAUUAAAAAAAUGUUUAAAAUGUUUACCCAGAUAUAAAACAGUAAUGUUUACAUCGUGUAUGUAAGUACUGCAUUUGAAAAUGUGUAAAGAUUCGUUACUUGAGAAGUGAAAUGUUAAAAGUAAAAAAAGCAAAAUUAUAUAGAAGUUUACGUUUUAAAUAUGGAAAAGAUUAAAGAAGACCUUCCUAACAAUCAAAACUACGUAUUUAAGAAGCACACCCCUUCGUUAUGUGCAAAUUCAAGUUUACUAGAAAAACACAAUGAGGAAAUUUUACUGAAUAUCCAACAAGAAGACAAUAAUUCCAAAAGUAAUGAAAUGAACGAAUAUAUACCACAAUGCAAGUUUAAAUAUCAAAGCAGUAUUAUUUUAAACCAAUUUGUGGAUUUACAAGAAAACGAAGUUAUAAACACUCAAAUGAAAGAAGCAGCAAUCGACACUUCAUUAAAAAAUGAAUUGUUGUUACUGAAUAAUCAGUUGAACGUAUACGAAAAAGAAAAGUUGAAACUAUUACAGGAAAAAGAACAACUUGAAAUAGAUUGUCAAAAUGAAAAAAUACUAUUAAAGGAGCUUGAGAACGAAAUGAUUAGCACAGGUCAAAUGAUAGGGGCACUGAAGGAGUUCUUUUCUGUUUUAGAAUGCAAUUACAAAAAUAAUUCAAAUGAUUUAAGUUGCUUGAAAAACUCUGAAGAUACAAUUUCUGACACGCACAAACAACUUUAUAAAGUAUUUAAUACAAAACAGACCGAAAUACUAAAAUCAGAAGAAGUUAUCGCUAACAUAGAGGACGAAAAUGAUCAACUACAUUUAGAAAUCAAAAAUUUUAGAGAAAAUGUAGACAUUUUGCAAAAUGUAUACAAUAGCAAAGAACAAAUUUAUUUAACCAUGAAAGAAGAAUACAAUCAGGAAUUAAGCAAACGCCAGGAACUUUUAAAUUCUUAUAAUACUGAAGAAAAGGUAAAUGAAAAGUUAAGAGAUUCUCUUAAAUCUCUUUGCGUAGAAGAUCUCAUUUCUGAACGAGAUAAGAAACAAAAGGAAUUCGAAAUAAAUUUACUAGCAAACAAGCAAGUUGUAGAGAACAUUUCUAACAAUCUACGGGUCUCUUCCGAGGACAAGAAGAACAAGGAACAAGAAAUGAAAAAAAUUCUUAAGGAAAUAACAGAAAAUAUUGGACUCAUUGAUGAAGCAGAAAAUGAAGUAGGUCAACUACAAACAAAAAUUACUGGCUAUGAGAGGAGCAUACGUGAAAUCCAGGAUAAGAACAACAAAAUAGUUCUUGAUCUGCAAAACGAAAUAGAAUAUACUCAAAGUAAACUUCGUGAAGCAAACAAUGCAAUUGAAGACGAAAAAAAAAUACAGGAAGCAUACAGCAUGGACCUUGCCUCUGAUCAAGACAAAAAACAAAAACUGAAUGGUUUGAUGGAAAAGCACUUCCAGUUAAAAGACAGAUUAAAGAUCACAAACAACCUCAAUUUGAAUAAAAUAGCAGAACUAAAAAAAAUGCAGGAACAGCUAAGAAAUAAAUUAACAGAGAACAACAAUCUUCUGUUGAUUUUACAAAAAGAAAAUUUGGAAGCAGAAAUUGCCUUCAAUCGAGAGAAAGAACAAUUGGAAAAAGAAAUAGACAUAAUGGAACAGAAAAACAAAAAAGAUAAAGAAGAACAAGAAAAUAAACUUUCUGUAAUCAAUAACGAGAUCUCCAUAUUUACUCGAGAAAAUGAAAGAGUUGAAAAAGAAAGACAAAAAAAAUUGCAACUGCUAAUGAAGCAGAACCCAGGCAUACUGGAAAAACUUAAGACAGACUACGCUGGAAACAUUAAAAAGAACGAAAAAAUACAGAAUGAAAUUAACAGAAAAAAACACCAACUAACCAUCAUUAAAAGCAAAAACCAAACAUUGUCCAAAGAAAUUCAAACAAUGAAAGGGGGAACAGCAAGAAAUCAGGUAAAAAAAUCAACUGCUGUAAAAGAAAAAGAACGACCAAAUUCUGGGAUACUAAAAAAACCUUUGCAAACUUCAAGAUCCCCUUACAAGAAAGUUACAUUUUCAACUACAUCCCAUGAUGUCCACAACAUCAGCCGCAGUAAGACUCAAAUAUCAGAGCAAAACACUACAUUACCAUCACAGUACGAAGAGUUCGAGCGCUUAUUUGAUACGUUAAAGGACUCUGACAAGGAAUAGACAUUAUUAUUUUCAGUUAUUGUUUCCAUUAAUAUUAAUUAUUUCGUUAUUUUCUAAUUGUUACAUUAAAAAUAACAUUUAUGUUUGCAAUUAAAUUAAUGUUUGUACAAUAAAGUUUGAUAAAAUGUUAAUGCGUAUUCAUUAUAUUUGGAGAGUGUUGUAGGGUGUAAAAUAAUGUAUUAAAUAUACUAACCAUAAAUCUAAAUGUAGUAGCGAAACUAGAAAUAGAAUACAGUGAGUUUGCUGUUUUCUAAAAAUUGUUUUUUAUUAAUUUCUUCUUCCCCUAUUUAUGAUAACAAUUCAUAGCAUUGACCCUUGAGCUUACAGGGCUAAAUACCUAAUACUAUACUCCUUUAGCAAUGAUUUUUUUCAAUGCAACUACACUUUACAAAAUACAGCUUCAGGACUAGUUUGUCCAUGCUUUAUUUUUAUAUAUGUAUUUUUAAGUAUGCUUUAUUACUGAAUAAUUAAUAUAAAAAUAGAAAGCCUAUUGGGCCAAUUUAACAUAAAUAAGUUGCAUUUCUUGUUUCAUGUAGAAUUAUACUUUAAAUACUGCAUGUACCCUACUAAAAAUUACAAA